AAUAUAAAUUUUUAAAUCCAACAAAAUAUUUCCAAUGCGAACGAAAGUAAAUUGGGUGAUAUAUAAAAAGUCAACACAAAAGUAUUAAGGGGAGAGAAAAGAAACAAAAAACAAACACUUUGGAUGAAAAAGAUCGGUCGCAAUAGAAAGCGCAUAUUUUUACCAGGAUACAUGCUGAAAAAGAUAACUUAAACGUCUUCCAUAAAUUAACAGAGAAAAUUAAGAAAUACAAGAACAUAAAAAACAUGAGGAAAAAAGCACGCGUUGCUCCGUUACAAAAAUUUACAAAAGAAGCAUUAGAAAUGGUGGAGAAGCUGCGAAAAUCACCUCGCGUAGAAGAAAUAGUCGAGUUAAAAGAUACUGCCAAGAAGAAAUGGAACCUACUCAAGAACACGAUACGAUUCAAAAGCAACCUUCGUAAACAAUACGAACAACUGAAUUUUCAGUUGAUGACGGAAACAUUAGCGUUGAAGAAACACGAGUGCAGCGACUGUUUGCUGGAGCAGCACGAUCAACACGAUGAAGAUGGACACGAUAAAUACGAAAAAAAUGGGGAAUGGAAACGAAAGAAUUACACCAGAGCAAGCAUAGAGCAUAAAGAAAAGGGGAAAGAUUUAAUCAAAUAUUUUAUCAAAAUAUCACGACUAGAAGACACAGAGGAGCGGGUGAUUGAUUUUGAAUACUUAGAAAACAUGCUAAAUACAGGUGUGGAUAUUAACACUGUAGAUAAAUAUGGUCAGUCUGUACUACAUGAAGUGGCAAGAACAUGGCACACUGACGUUGCACGGUUUCUUCUAGCGCAUGGCUCGAACGUCAAUCAUCCUGAUGAUUAUGGCCGUACUCCACUGCAUGUUGCAUGCGCAGUUGAUUAUCCUGAAAUGGUGGAGUUGCUCUUAUUAAAUGGCGCUGAUAUAAAUUGCAGGACGUACGGAGAAGAGCAGACGCCGAUUCACUUUGCUGCAAAGAAAGAUGCGUCAGCAGCUUUAAAGAUGCUUUUACAAUAUGGUGCUGACAUCAACGAUGAAGACUACAAAAAGAGAACUCCCUUGCAGUUGGCCGCUGAGCUUGAUCGUUCUUCAACUGCACAAAUACUUGUGGAAGAAGGGGCACCAGCUGGUGUGUACGAUGUUAGUCUGAUGGGUGCAAUAGUUUUAAUGAUCCAAAAGAUGCCGAACGUAGCCUUACAAGCAUUAGACCAAUUCUACCAAACUAAUCGAGCCAACCGAAAACAAUUCUUUUAUUUAAACUAUCUUGUACCACCGAUAGAGGCGAAGGAGUGUCACGCAAAAUCACCAUUAGAAGUAGCUGUUGAAUAUAAACAAUUCCAAUUGCUACUUCAUCCCGUCUUUCAACGUCUUAUAGAAGUUCAAUGGCAAAGAAUGGGUAAAUGGGGCAUUUGGUUUUACGGGAUUUGUAAUUUAUUACUUAGUAUAUUAUGGACAGUACGAUUAUGUACAAUUCCUACUGACGCGAACAAGAUUUAUAAAGGUAACAAUGAAAUCGUGGGCGUGUUUCUAGAAGUUCUCGCAGUCGUCUCACUGUUUGUUUUGUUUGGUUCAGAAGCACGUGAAUUUUACAAAGCGAAGAAGAAAAAUGAAAACUACAAACAAUGGAGAGAAGUGGAACUAGAGAAGGACUUGCAGUAUGCGCAUCCAAGAUGGCCUGAAGAAAGGGCCUAUCUAGAACGAGAGAUGGUCAGCGUGCUGGAGAACACUUCCUCGUACAUACGUGACAAAUGGAACUAUUUUGAUUGGCUAACUUACACACUGAUGGGCGCCACAGUCAUAUUACAAGUUUGUAACGUUCGUUUAAAAACGAAAGAGAUGAAUGACAGUUUGCGAGCAGUGGGUUCCAUUAUGUUAAUAUUUCUAUGGUUACGCAUGCUAAAAUACGCAAGGCCGUUUAAAACGUUAGGGCCGUUUGUUGUCAUGUUGAGUCACGUUACUGUGGAUACGUUGAAGAUUUUUCAUUUGUCGAUGCAUUUCUUUGUGCCGUACAUCGCAGCGUUCUGGGUAAUUUUUGGGAUGUACAAUGUGGAGGGGUACACAACAAAGGAAGGAGAGCUAGUUUAUAACAUUUUCCAAAUAAUGGUUGUGGGAGAUUUUAACUUUAAUAAACUUAAAUCCCACUCUAACAAAAUGGCUAUGCUUUUGUGUGGAACUUUCAUCUUCUUCGCUGGAAUUAUCUGCUUGAAUUUAUUUAUUGCUCUGAUGUCAGAUACUUUUCAAAGAGUUUACGACAAUGCGAAAGCAAACGCAGUUAUGGAAAGAGCUGCAUCAAUUAUCGCAUUGGAAGCUGAUAUUAACACGCGUAUAUUGCGAAGACAUCGCAAGUGGGUGUCGCGAAAAUGCGCGCCAGAAAGUUUGUACUACGACGACGAUAUCACGCAACCAGAAAGUCAUGAUUUAAAACGAAUGACUAUACAAAUUAAAGAAGGUCUGGAUGGUGUUAACCAUUUCUUAGAUCAAAAGUUUGGAAAAAUUGAGGACGACGAGCCAAACGAUCAUCACCCCGGGAACAGUGAAAAUCAAUUUGCUCAGGUAAAUGCGAAGAAAGAAAAGAGAGUUAUCAGAAACGUAUCAAAUUCAUCAGAAGUGAGAGAGCUCACAAAAACAAUGAAAAUAUUUAAAACGGAAUACUACAAAUCCAUGAUCCAAACAAGAGCUGAGAUUGCCGGCUUAGGUUUGAUGUUGAAAGAAAUAAUCGAGCAAAACGCCGCGAAAAAAGAAUGGAGAGAAAAGAAAAGAAACUAUGCAAUGUUGUCUGAGUUAAACAAGUCAAUAGAAAACAAAAAAAAUCGACAGGAAUUUUUGUUAUUUCACCAGCAAAGCGACACGCUAGAUAUAAGGGAAGAAAGUCCACAUGCGCAAGAAGAAAACAUAUCACAAGAAAACACGUCACAAUCUACGCCAUUAAAUGAAGAAAGUAUUGGCUUACUAGAUCUACGAGGUACUCACGAUUCUCAGGAAAAUAUAUCGAAUAAUUUUCAUGCAGAAAAUUAUCAUACAGAAAAUAACUUGUCUUCAAUUGAGGAUAGACUUCAGCCUGAGACCAACAUUUUAGUGAGUGCAACCAAUGAUGAAGUUGGAAUACCAAACGAAGGUUUUUUUGAGGGCUAUACCUACAAAGAUACCUCAAACUCAGAUGACCAAUUAAUAAAAGCAACUUGGAACUCGAUAUUUUCAAAAAUUGUUACCCAACAGAAGAACGAGAACGGAGAAUCGACAUCGCAAAAACCCGAACCCGGCGUUUACGUCAUGCAUUCGACACUGUCGACAAUAGAAUCUUCCGAUGACGGCAGUGACGACGAAGGAGAAAACUAAGGAUUUUCACAUUUAAAUAACUGUAAAAUUAUUUAAUUCACACUUACUAUAAAAAAAUAUUGUUCACACUUACCAUGAAAAAAGGCUUUCCUUGA